AUGGAAGACAGCGCAAUGGAGGUGCCCCGUCAGGGCGGCCUGGAGGCACACAUGUCUGGGCCCACAGGAGGUCUCCUCUCCGCCGCCGCAAUGCGACGUGUCGAGGAGAUAGAAGAUCGUUCGUUCAACGUGAGGCAGCAGCAUCAACUUCGGAAGCGUCAGCAACAUGGGGAGGACUCCUCGACUGGGCAGUGCGACGGUGAUGACGCGGACUCGGACGAUUGGAAAUCGCCUCGUGGCGAUAAACGAAGAGCCCCGCCUCACGAAGCGACGGAAGGCCAUGAGGAUGGACAGCUCUUGGGAGAAAGACAGAAAACAGGUACCAGAGCCCGGCCAGUGUCCGGCGCUGCAGACGAAAGCAGCGCCUCCACGGGAGCGUCCUCAAUUCGCGUUGCCGCGUCCUCUCUGCGAGAUGGCAGGGACUUUCGCGCAUGCAGUGGCGACCUGACUCAUGGCUCCUUAAAAAGCGGUCUAAAGGAUGACAGUGGGUGGAGCGAUUUCGGCAAAUCGAGGGAAGCCCUGGAGCACAGCGGCGACGCUGCGGCUGGCAAGGAUUCUAUGAAUCAGCGUCGCAGCGGAGCCAAGCUCCUUGAGAUAGAUCUGGACCAGGCCCAUGGGAAGAAAUAUGGAAAGGAGUUUCCUCAUGCCGGGGAGGUUCAGCUUCACAGACGGCGGAAAAACGACCUGCACGCCUGGGUGGAACAGCUUCUUCGAUGUCAGCCUCUUCGGAGGGAAGAGGUGUUACUCCUGUGUGAACUUUUGAAGGACACCCUGAAAUCCGAACCGAACUGCGUCAGCGUCCCAACUCCAGUGACAGUCGCUGGAGACAUUCACGGCCAGUUCUACGACCUGCUGGAGCUUUUCCGAGUCGGAGGCAAGCCUCCAAACACGUCGUACUUGUUCUUGGGCGACUAUGUAGACAGAGGCUUCUACUCGGUUGAAGUAUUUUGUCUGAUGGCGGCGUUCAAGGUCCUCUAUCCAAGAAAGAUGUUUCUGCUGCGAGGAAACCACGAAAGCCGAGGCAUCACUCAAGUUUAUGGUUUCUACGACGAAUGUGCGCGAAAAUACGGAGACGGCUUCAACGCUGUCUGGACCGCCUUAACUGAAGCCUUCGAUUAUCUUCCUCUCACUGCUGCAAUUGGCUCCGAAUGCUUCUGUGACCACGGCGGCCUCAGCAAGCAUCUCAUGACCAUUGACGCCAUUCAAGCAGUUGACCGGUUCCAGGAGCCUCCGCAAGAGGGAGGGAUGUGCGACCUGCUGUGGUCAGACCCGUAUGACAGCGCGAUGUUUCUCUCGGAUCUUCCUCAGACAGACGCACCUGGAGGUGUCUCGGCAGUCACCGCUGGCGAUCCCCUGGGAGGAGGCCUUGACGAAGACGGCUGGGCUCCAAGUAGCAGAGGCGCUGGGAUGCUCUGGGGUCCGACUGUGACGGAGCAGUUUCUCCACCUCAACGGAGUUGGUUGCAUCUGCCGCGCCCAUCAGCUGGCGCAGGAUGGGUACCAGUGGUGCCACAACGAGAAAGUGUGCACGGUUUUCAGCGCUCCGAAUUACUGCUACCGCUGUGGCAACCAGGCGUCCCUUAUGAUUGUCAACGAUGACUUGGAGCGAUCAUUUGUUAAAUUCGGUCAGGCGCCGGAACGUGGAGAGCCUCAGCAAGUGCGCUCGCUUCCCGAUUAUUUCCUGUAG